AUGAAGCUCAACAACGAGACGGUGACGGUCGAGCUCAAGAACGGCACGACGGUGCACGGCACCAUCACCGGCGUCGACCCGUCGAUGAACACGCACCUCAAGAAGGUCAAGAUGACGGUCCGGGGCCGCGAGCCGCAAGCGCUCGACACGCUCGCGAUCCGCGGCAACAACGUGCGGUACUUUAUCCUCCCCGACUCGCUCCCGCUCGACACGCUCCUCAUCGACGAUGCGCCGAAACCCAAGAAGAAGCGCGGCGAUGCGGCGCCUCGGGGAGCUGCGCGCGGUCGCGGUGGCGACAGGGGUCGCGGCGGGCGUGGGCGUGGACGCGGUCGGGGCCGCGGGCUGUAA